UCCACAUUUCCAAUGACAUGUCGACAGCGGUCAACAGAUCCGAGACACAGCUCAACUAAGGGGAAAUGGAGGACCAGAGAUUAAAAGACAAGAGACCAGAAUUCGAAUUUAUGGAAAUCAAAGUGGAUAUACAAACUGAAGAUCUGAAUUCCAAACAAUGUGAGACAAGGCUUCUGAUUGACGACAGGGAUCCCAAAAGAGUCAACAAGAAUCUUAAGGUCACGUUUGAGGAUGUGAUUGCAGAGCCUCCCUCAGUGCGGAGCUUUGAUAAAGUGUGGUUAUGGAGUCACGCCCUGUUUGAGGUGUCCAGACUGUGGAUCUACCGCCUCAUCUCCCUUCUUCUGGCAGUGCCGGUCUCACUGGCAGCAGGGAUCCUCUUCGCUGUGCUCAGCUGCCUUCACAUCUGGUUAAUCAUGCCCUGUGUGCAGCUGCUUCUCAUCAACAUGCACUGGGUUCAGACUGUGUGGGGCAGCAUACUGAACAUUCUCAUCAGCCCCUUCUUUACAAGUUUUGGAAAGUGCUGUGGUCGAAUCACCAUCCAUCUGGCAAAAGAUGAAGACAGAUAAAAAAAUAAAAAUAAACUGCGUAAAUGUUUGGUUAAAACAUAGAAAAAGCA